GUGAAACCAGAAGUGAUGGGAAAGAGAGGGAAGCAGGAGCCCAGCUGCAUGAAGUGGGAGCUGGAGGGAUGGGAACCCCCCAGGCACCAUCCCAGCCCAUGAGAGGAACAGGAUGAGAGCAUCCUAAGAAGUGCAGAAGCAGCAGAAGGGCUCUCUGCAAGCUCCUGGCUCCAGUUAAUCACAAUGGAUAUUUGCAAGGUACAGGAAAACACCUCCAAAUGCAGCAUGAACAUGACAGAGUGCUUCAUGGUCCUCAGCACAGGAGCACAGAAGAUAAGCAUUGCCACCCUGUGUGGCCUCUUGGGGACACUUUGCAUUUUUGAGAACUCUCUGGUGCUUUACUUGAUCUUCUCCUCCCCCAGGACCAGAAGAAAACCUUCCUACCUCUUCAUCAGCAGCCUGGCCCUGGCUGACAUCCUGGCCAGCAUCAUCUUUGUCUGCAGUUUUGUUAACUUCCACGUUUUUAAUAAAACUGAUUUCUCUAAGGAAAUAUUCCUGCUGCAGCUGGGGGGGGUCACCACCUCCUUCUCUGCUUCCCUGAGCAGCUUGCUGCUGACAGCCCUGGACCGCUACAUCUCCAUCAGCCAACCCUCCAAGUACAAACUCCUCAUGACAAGGAAGAGAGCGUGGACAGCCCUGGGGGUGCUCUGGGUGACAUGUGCCACCACUGCUUCCCUGCCCCUCCUGGGCUGGAACUGCUGCACGCUGUAUUCCACCUGCUCUGAGCUCUUCCCCUUUGUGGAUGACAGUUACCUCUCCAGCUGGAUCUGCUCCAUCGUGGUGCUGCUGGGCUGCAUUGUCUGUGCCUACACACACGUGCUCUGGAGGGCUCACCAGCACGUGGCCUACAUGGAGAAGAACCAAGCACAGGCAGGGAAACAAAACACCAGGAUGAGGAUGGAUGUCAUGCUGGCCAAGACCCUGGUCAUGGUGCUGAGUGUCCUGGUGCUCUGCUGGUCUCCAGUCCUCAUUCUCAUGAUCUACAGCAUCUUUGCCAGGCUGAGCAAUCACCUGCGGAAGGUGUUUGCCUUCUGCAGCACCCUCUGCCUGCUCAAUUCUGUGGUGAACCCCAUGAUUUAUGCCCUGAGAAGCAAGGAGCUCUCUUCCUCCCUGAGGAUGUUUGUUUCUGGGUUCAGGAGGAAGCUGAAGACCUCUGAGGAAAGCCCAGGAGCAGAGAGCACCCACAGGUCCUCAGUCAUAGAGACUGUAUGUGAGGACAUGCAGGUAACUUAGGGAGUCAGACUGCCAGGAACAGCCUGGAUCACUUGACUUUUCCUUUUCUCUUCUUAUGGAGGUUCUUUUCUCUUCUUAUGGGAGGUGAAGGACCAGAUGCUUGUCAUGGACUCAGCUCCUGCUGAGGUUAUUUUUAGGUGCUAGGACAUAAAGUUCCCAGGCAACUGGUCCCCAAGCUGCAGGGAUACUGGUGCCAUGCCAGUGUGCCAGCCACGAGCCAGCAGACAACACCCUGCCCUGGAACAGCAGAUCCUGAGAUUUUAUGACAAUGAUUCCUCCUGCCUGGCCUCCCACCUGUCCACCAGUCACCUCCCAACCUAUUUUCCUUAUAUUCAGUGUUGUCUUACUUAAAAUCAUUGAAAAUAUCACUAACCUGAAGGAAUAACACUCCGUAGAACUUCAGUUUCUUCAGACAUCCCCAGGCAUCAUGAAACUCUCUCUGAACACCUGAAGCUGCUGCAGGUACCUGGGGGUUGUUGGUGUCCCUGGGCAGUCCUGGCUGACUGUGCCUCACAGCACUGAGGGUUGUGUUCAUCUUAGCAACUGAUUGUUUCUGCAAAAUGGAAAUGCUCUCACUCUGGCUAAGGGACUCUGCCACAGAUGAGGAUUUUGGGGUGGAGCAGACCCCGCAGGCAGCGUUUUUCUGUCAGCACACAUGAGGAAAGCUGUGUUGUGCCAGGCAGGUGCUUUUUGGAUGUUAUACAUUUAAAUAUUAAAGCCAUUUC